UAGAAGUGACUACUGACGGCUUUGUGCUUUGUAUUUUUGUCUCUGCGUUCUGUUUUCUGUUUAUAUUUAAAAGAAGAUUGUUGCAGAGUAAUGACUGAUGUUAAGGAAACGUCCUGUAGGCUUUGCCUUAAACAUAUAACCGAUGAAAGUUUUGAAGUGAUAAACGACAUUAUCAGAGACAUUCUAGAUGUUCUUUUGCUGAAAUUGAAAUUUGAUGAGAGCAUAGAGGCUAUAUGUAACGCUUGCAGAAGAAAGUUAAAUGCUGCUUCAGAAUUUAAGUCGACGUGUUUGAAUACUGAUAACACAAUUAUUCGAUAUGUGGAUAGCGAAAAAAUGUUACAGCUCGACUUAAGAGAAGUGUGCAUCCAGGAAAGGAAAAGUGAAUUAGUGUACAGUCAGAAAAUAUGUCGAUUGUGUAUGCGCCCAGUAGAAAGUGAGUUUAGGUGCAUACGUGAAGAGGAACUUGAAGCUAUUCAGAAAUUGACACCUGGCAUGAAUAUAAAUAUUGUCAAAGAUCCCGUUGUUUGUAAGCCAUGCUUUGAUUCUCUGUGUACUCACAACAGUUUCCUAAAGGAUUGCUUGGAGAUAGAGGAAAAAAUUAAAAGUAGUUUUGAUAGUUCAGCCACAGGAAGUCAAAUAGAUACAUCUCCACUUGAUUUUUUUGUUAAGACUGAAAACCUGGACAAGGAAUCCGAUAUUAAGGAGAUUGAAAUGUCGAUCAAAGCUGAAUGUGUCGACAUAAAAUCGGAAGAUGAGGAAAGGAGCAACACACCACUGCAGAGCUCCGAUAUCGUACCAUUCGAGGAGAAUGCCUGUAAAGAUGAAGAAGAGGAUGGAUGUAAACAUGAGAAUGGAUCAGAAAUGAAAAUCAAUCAGGAGCCAAAAGUAUUGUACAAAUGUGAGAAAUGCAUUUACGAAACUGGAAGUGAAAUUCGUUUUACGGCACAUUGUGCGAGACAUGAGAAGGAUUUGGAAGCACAUGAAUGUGAAUCGUGUGACUACGAAACUGAAAAUAAGAAAUUACUUCUGAAACACCCGUUGAAGCAUAAAGAUUCUUUGCAGAUUCAAAUGUACAGAUGUAACGAUUGUGAUUAUGAAGCAAGGUACAACAGUCAUUUCAAACAGCAUCAACUGAAACAUAAAGAUCCUUCACAGGUUCAGAUGUACAUGUGUCACGAUUGCGAUUAUGAAACUAUAUUCAAGAGUUAUUUCAAACGGCAUCAACUGAAACAUAAAGAUCCUUCACAGGUUCAGAUGUACAGGUGUCACGAUUGCGAUUAUGAAACUAAAUACAAGAGUGAUUUCAAAAAGCAUCAACUAAAACAUAAAGAUCCUUUGCAGGUUCAAAUGUACAGGUGUCAGGAUUGCGAUUAUGAAACUAGAUACAAGAGUUAUUUCAAAAAGCAUCAACUGAAACAUAAGAAUCCUUCGCAGGCUCAAAUGUACAGGUGUCACGAUUGCGAUUUCAAAACUAAAUACAAGAAUAAUAUUAAAGUGCAUCAAAGGAAACAUAAAAAUCCUUCGCAGAUUCAAAUGUACAGUUGUAAUGACUGCGAAUACAAAACUAAGUACAAGAAUGCUUUCAAACUGCACCGACUGAAACAUGAAGAUCCUUCUCAGGUUCAAAUGUACAGGUGUUACGAUUGUGAUUAUGAAACUAAAUCCAAGACUUAUUUCAAACAGCAUCAACUGAAACAUAAAGAUCCUUCACAGGUUCAGAUGUACAGGUGUCACGAUUGCGAUUAUGAAACUAUGAACAAGAGUCAUUUCGAAAAGCAUCAACUAAAACAUAAAGAUCCUUCGCAGGUUCAAAUGUACAGGUGUCAGGAUUGCGUUUAUGAAACUAGAUACAAGAGUUAUUUCAAAAAGCAUCAACUGAAACAUAAAGAUCUUUCGCAGCUUCAAAUGUACAAGUGUAACGACUGCGAUUACAAAACUAGAUAUAGGAGAUGUAUCAUACAGCACCAACUGACGCAUAAAAAUCCUUCUCAGGUCCAGACAUACAAGUGUAACAACUGCCCCUUUGAAAGUAAAUACAAGAAUCAUCUGCAGCGGCAUCAACUGAAACAAAUAUGCUGCACAAGUUCUAAACGUAUUAGUGUAAUGACUGCGAUUACGAAUCCAAAUAUAGGAGUGUUAAGAGUGACAACGAUAGAAAUGAAAGCAAGCACUGAAUUGUUCCGCGACACACCACUGGAGAGCUCCCAUACCGUACCAUUCGAGGAGAGUGUCUGCAAAGAUGAAGAAGAGGAUGGAUGUAAACAUGAGAAUGGAUCAGAAAUAAAAAUCAAGCAGGAGCGCAAAGUAUUGUACAAAUGUGAUAAAUGUAUUUACGAAACUGGAAGUAAGAUCCGUUUUACGGCACACUGUGCGAGACACGAGAACGAUUGGAAAGGGUAUAAAUGUGAAUCCUGCGAGUAUAAAACUGAAAAGAAGAAAUUACCUCAGAGACAUUUGUUGAGGCAUAAAGAUCCAUCUCAGGUUCAAAUGUACAGGUGUAACGACUGCGAUUUCGAAACUAAAUACAGCCACUAUAUGAAACAACACCAAUUGAAGCAUAAAGAUCCAUCACAGGUUCAAAUGUACAGGUGUAACGACUGCGAUUUCGAAACUAAAUAUAAGAGUUAUAUCAAAGAGCACCAACUGAAGCAUAAAGA